GCGGGAACCACAACCCCGGCAUCGACACGGAAAAGGGGACCGGCAGCAGCGAAACAUUGAGCAAAACCUCUACGUUUUUCUACCAAAUCCUUCAGAUCGAGUUGAGCUGCAGUGCAGGGAUGCUUUUUCGCUCAGUGGUGGACAGAGGAGUGGGCAGACGGAGGCUGAAUGCUGUCCCUGCAGAUCUCUGGUCCAGGUACCCUUUGAGCUCCCUGCUUGAAGGCUACCGGUGUGUCCGUCAUGAUGAACAUAUCUCCUAUGGGAACCUUGGUGACUCUGUGCCACCAUUUGGAUUAGCUUUCUCCUCUGCCAGGGACCUGCAGAACGUCCUCGCAGCAGCUAAUGAAGAAGGCAUUGUUAGGAUCUACAACACAGAGAGCCGUGAAAAUCCACUUCUUAAAGCAUGGCUGGCUCAUGAGAAUGCUGUCUUUGAUAUCGCUUGGAUGCCGGGAGAGCCUCAGUUAGUAACCGCUGCAGGUGACCAGAUGGCCAGGCUCUGGGAUGUGAAGUCUGGAGAGCUGUUAGGCAGCUUCAAGGGCCACCUCUGCAGCCUCAAGUCCGUUGCAUUCGUGCCAGAGGAGAAAGCUGUGUUCUCCACUGGGGCCAGAGAUGGAAAUAUUAUGGUCUGGGACACCAGGUGCAGCAAAAAAGAUGGUUUCUACAGACAGGUGAACCAGAUCAGCGGAGCUCACAACAAAGCAGAGUCAAACCCACCCUCUAAAACAAAGAAGAGACGGAGCAGCAUGCGCGGCAUGGCUCCAAGUGUGGACACCCAGCAAAGUGUUACAGUGGUUUUGUUUAGGGAUCAGCAUACCCUCAUCUCUUCAGGAGCUGUUGACGGAGUAAUCAAGAUGUGGGAUCUGAGGAAGAACUACACCACACACCGUCACGAUCCUGUACCCCUGCAGGCGUAUCCAUAUCCAGGUUCUUGCAUGCGGACUCGACUGGGAUAUUCCGGACUCAUUCUGGACUCAUCAAGAUCCAAUGUCAUGUGCAACUGCACAGACGACAACAUCUAUAUGUUCAAUGUCUGCGGAAUAAAACGACACCCAGUGGCGGUUUUCAGUGGCCACCAGAACUCUUCAUUUUAUGUCAAGUCCAGUAUUAGCCCAGAUGGCCAGUUCUUGGCCAGCGGCUCAAGUGACAACCACACAUACAUUUGGAAGAUCUCUGACCCUCAACAUCCUCCCAUGAUGCUUCAAGGUCAUAGCGAGGAAGUGACAUCUGUUGCAUGGUGCCCAACAGAUUUCACUAAGAUUGCUUCCUGUUCUGAUGACCACACUGUGCGGAUCUGGCGACUUCAGCGAGAAACUGAUGGAGUACAGUCGUCAUUAGGAGAGGCUAACAUAGUAGGCUGGGCACGUCCUAAGCUUCCAUCAGGGCCUUCCAUCCCAGCUGAAACAACCCCUGCCAAGAUCCAGAGGAGAGAGAGCCUUGGUGGCAUAACCUCACCCCAGCCUGGAGCUUGUGCUCCCAGUGGAGCCGCCCUGCCCCUUCCUUCCAGCACCACUUUAUCCAACUGCUCUCAGAACACUAAAGUUGCAGCUGUUCGCCACAGGACUCCACCCUCUAUCAAGUGGUUAUCCCCAAGCAAUAGAUCUUCCGAUCAGGUUAGGUCUCCAGUCCAUCGGGUUCUGAGCCCGUCUCCCCAGAGCUCAGCAAGCAGCACGUCCCCCACAGAACGACGGGCCAAACGCAGGCUGGAAACUGGUGACUGUUCAUCUUCAGGCUGUGAGGGCACCGAGCAGUGCAGACUGCAUUACUGAACUCUCCCCUGCAGCCAAAGGAACCGUACCCUCUCUAGUGUGUGCUGCCCUGUCCAGGAGAGUUCAGCACAAACAGACUGCCACACAGAAGACAACAAACCAGCUUCAUCCAGACAGACCGGUAAGGAGAACUGCUCUCCCAGAGCUGUGAACUGGCUAUCGGCGAUGAGCCAGAAGUUUAGGAAAGGUCAAAGAAGCCCUAGAAGUCCCAGAAGUCCCAGUUCCGAAAAACAAGAAAGCAAGACACCAGCUUCACCAACUGUCUGCACCCCUCAGACCAUGAAGAAAAUCUCCAUGUAUUUUACAAAAAGGGCCUCUGGAUUAACCUGCUGGAAUCAACUUGGUGCUUUUCUUUAAGAUGUUUUUAUUUGAGGGUGUUUUUAAGUGGGACCUACAAACAAUGAGCCUCUUAAGAUCACUGAUCUAUGGCCGGAUUACACAAGCAUGUAAAGCUGGGCAUCAGAUCAGUCGGUGAUGCUGUAAAUUUGACAUCCUGGGGCUGCUUUCCUUUUUAUUUGAAUUUGUUAAUAGUUUUUUUUUUUUUUCUUCCCCCUCAUCCUUUCUGGCUGGCAAAUAUAGUUGCUGCGUAAAUCUUAAAUUUUACUCUCAUAUGACUACUUCUAUAGAUGCUUCAGCAUUAAAUUAAAGAGCCCGCAUUUAAAAGGCUGUUUAGAUUUUAAAACGUUGAUCCUCUAGUGCAGAGAGAAGCAUUUGUUCACAGUUGUGAACAAUUUAAAAUCUGCUUUAAAAAAAAAUCAGGUUACAUGGUUCACAUUGUUAAACCUUUUUAUGAAAUGCACUGUGAGCUGCUCACAGAUCAAGUCUAACAUUUGUAAGCCAGCCAUUAAGGUCAUUAUCUCUGGGGGGUUUUUCUUGCAUGGGUUUGUUCUUUUCUAUUGGAGUUGCACACAUGGUUUGCAAAUUAUUUUUUUUUGCUACUGAGCAAAUGCUUGACUUGUUCAUAUGUACAG